ACGGAACUGAUAAGUACUUACUGUACAAGAGCGACUUAUGGUUAGAGAUAGAGGGCAAGAUAUCUUAGAGCGUCACUUUGACUUGUUACUCGUAUUUCAAUGUUAAUUAACUCGUAAUAAAUAUAAAAUUUUAGUUUUGCGCUGAGCCUCUAUUUCGGAUAGUUUUGAUUGUAAAAUCUAUAAAGCGGAAGGUAGCAGGGAAGUUGGAAAUAUGGAAGAGCAGCUGCCGCAUGGAUGGGUUAAAAGUGUGAGCCGAUCCACAGGUAAACCUUACUAUUUCAACGCAACUACUAACGAAAGUCGCUGGGAACCUCCUCCAGGUACCACAAGCCGCGGUUCUGGCGAUGGUGGUAAUGCAGUGCCGAACAAGGUGCGAGCGUCGCAUAUUUUGGUGAAGCAUCGAGAAUCGCGAAGGCCUUCGUCAUGGCGUGAAAGUAAUAUCACCAGGAGCAAGGAAGAAGCUCUUCAGAUUGUGCGAGGUUAUCUUGCACAAAUCCAAAAUGGAUCGGAUUUUGCCGAGCUGGCGCGCAAGUUCAGCGACUGCAGCUCGGCCCAAAAAGGUGGCGACCUGGGCGAAUUCGGGCGGGGUCAGAUGCAAAAAGCUUUCGAGGACACGGCUUUUGGUUUGAAUAUUGGAGAAAUCAGUGAACCGUUCUACUCAGACUCCGGAGCACAUAUCGUAAAGCGAACCGGAUAACCGUAAAUUUGUUUUUCACUUGCUGUUUCUUGCAUCUCUGGAUUUUGAAUUUUUUAAUCUGGUAUCAUGGGAUUGGGGACGAAGGUGUGUGCUACUGCUAACUGCCAACAUUUCGGACUACAGAGCAGCUUACUUUCUAAGGGAAUCUGGAAUAACGUAAAAUUUCUUUCUUGCAC